UUACGAAUCUACGCUUCAUGCCUUCUUUAUUUAUUGCUGCAACAUUUUUGUCGGAUGAAUGAGAUGAUCAAACUUGGCAACGUGCAAGACACAGAGUUCAUCCCUUCACUUAUGGCUGCGUUUCGUUUUACUGGAACUUUUCUUCUUCUAGCUCUGCUACUGGCAGUAAAUAAAGCGAAAUCCCAAUCAUUUAUUGGUGUAAAUUAUGGCCAAGUUGCCGAUAAUCUUCCAUCACCGUCAUCCACGGCAAAGCUUCUCCAAUCAACUUCAAUCCAAAAGGUCCGACUGUACGGGUCCGACCCAGCAAUCAUCAAAGCGCUAGCCAACACCGGAAUUGGCAUCGUCAUCGCGACGGCCAACGGUGACAUCCCCGCCUUAGCUUCAGACCCAAAUUUUGCCAAGAAUUGGGUGAAUGCCAACGUAGUUGCGUAUUACCCAUCCAGCAAAAUCAUCCUUGUAAACGUUGGCAACGAGGUUAUCAUGUCUGGUGAUAACAAUCUGAUAUCUCAUUUGUUGCCAGCCAUGCAAAAUAUCAAGAAUGCCCUGGAUGCGGCUUCGUUGGGGGACAAAGUGAAGGUCUCGACGGUGCAUUCAAUGAAUCUGUUGAAACAAUCUGAGCCGCCAUCUUCUGGGAUAUUCGACCCGAGUUAUGGAGACGUGUUGAAAGGACUCUUAACGUUUAAUAAUGCUACCGGUUCGCCUUUUGCUAUUAACCCGUACCCUUACUUUGCUUACCGGAGCGAUCCAAGGCCUGAAACGCUGGCGUUCUGCUUGUUCCAACAGAAUCCGGGACGUUUCGAUGCCAACACGAAAAUCAAUUACAUGAACAUGUUCAAUGCUCAGGUGGAUGCUGUUCGUUCUGCAUUGGAUGCCAUGGGGUUCAAGAACGUUGAAAUUGUGGUCGCAGAAACAGGUUGGCCGUACAAAGGAGACAGCGAUGAAGUAGGAGCAACCAUUGAGAACGCCAAGGCUUACAAUGGAAAUUUGGUUGCACACCUUCGAUCAAUGGCGGGAACUCCAUUGAUGCCAGGGAAAUCGGUCGACACAUAUUUAUUUGCUCUCUACGAUGAGAACUUGAAACCCGGACCAACAUCCGAAAGAUCUUUCGGGCUUUUCAAAUCCGACGAUCUCACCAUGACGUAUGACGUUGGCCUCUCAAAGAGUAGCAGCCAGUCUCCGGUGAGUCCAUCAACGGAGAAGGCACCGGUGACACCAUCGACAGAGCCGAAGAAAGCAGCUUGGUGUGUUCCAAAGCCUGGUGUUUCAGAUGCCGAACUGCAGGCAAGUUUGGAUUACGCUUGUGGACAAGGCAUAGAUUGUGGUCCAAUUCAACCAGGAGGGGCUUGCUUCGAACCAAAUACGUUAACAGCACAUGCUGCAUAUGCAAUGAAUCUCUACUAUCUAACUUCUGGUCAGAAUCCAUCGAGCUGUGAUUUCUCACAAACAGCCAUGCUUUCCUCAAACAACCCAAGCACUAAUGGCUGUAAUUUCCCUGGCGGGGGUAACUGAAAAGUAGAGUAAUAUUCGGGCAGAUGAAUGAAUAAAGGGCGGUGGAUAUCUUUUUUGCUGUUUUUUUUAUUGUCAUUUAGUGAGUUCUUUUAAUCUCGUCAUCUUUCAAUAAUGGUAUUGGGUAAUACCUGAUUAGCAAUUCUUUUAGGCCCUUUAUAGUUGGAAGAAUUAUGUUGCUGUGAGUGAUGGUGAUAAGU